AAAUGGAAGAAAAACAUCCAUUUUCAUGACUUCUAAGUUGUUGGGUUUUGACAUCGAGCGCUUUUUCAGCUCAUGAGUUACCCCAAAAUGUACAUUUUGCCAGCUAUUCUUUAGUGCAACUAAAGAAACGAGCCAGUCAAUAAGGUUGAAAUAUGUUGCAGAUUGAAGUAUCAUGGACAGAAAAUAGUUUGGAUGAUGUGUUUUGCCAGCGUCUCUCUGCAAUUUCAGUUUUAACAAUGGAUAAGUGUAAGCACGUAGGACGUCUGCGACUGGCCCAAGACCACUCCAUUCUCAAUCCUCAGAAAUGGCAUUGUGUGGACUGCAAUACUACCGAAUCGGUGUGGGCGUGCCUCAGCUGCUCGCAUGUGGCGUGUGGGAGAUACAUUGAAGAACAUGCACUAAAGCACUUUCAGGAGAGCAGUCACCCAGUGGCAUUGGAAGUAAAUGAGCUGUAUGUUUUCUGUUAUCUCUGCGAUGAUUAUGUUCUGAAUGAUAACGCAACAGGGGAUUUAAAGCUGUUGCGAAGUACAUUAAGUGCAAUCAAGAGUCAAAACUAUGAGUGCACUACUCGAAGCGGGAGGACUUUGCGUUCUAUGGGUACGAGUGAUGAUUCUUACCUUUCACAUGGUGGUGCCCAAGCCUUGCUUCGGAAUGAAGAUCGCAUGUUCACAGCUCUCUGGCACCGACGGCGUGCGUUCCUGGGCAAAAUAUUCAGAUCGUGGCUUGAGUUAACGCCUACUGGAAAAAAGAUUUUGGAAGAAGAAAGACGUCGGGAAGAAGCAGAGGAAAGAAGGGACAAAGCUAGGAAGAGAAGACAAGAACGAAAGCGUGAGUUGAAAGCAGAGAUGGAAAAGAUGCCUCCAAGAAAGAGCAGUCGUUUACAAAAACAGAUUAGAAUGUCCUCAAAAACAGCACCCUGCCUGCAAAAAACAUCACGGAAGGUGGAAUCUGUGGCAGAGUUGAAAGAAACGUAUACCUCAGAUGAAGUAAGAUUGAAAAAAAUAAGUGACUCUCCAAUUAAACGAAGGCCCACGGUGACUCCUGGGGUCACAGGACUGAGAAACCUGGGAAAUACAUGCUAUAUGAAUUCUAUCCUGCAGUUAUGUGGUCAGGCAAAUGGGCGCUGGUGUCUCCUUUUGCCAUGCUUCAUUCUGUGUGGAGACUAAUUCCAGCCUUCAGAGGAUAUGCCCAACAGGAUGCUCAGGAAUUUCUCUGUGAACUUUUGGAUAAAGUGCAGCAGGAACUGGAGACUACGGGGACCAGAUACCCAGCUCUCAUCCCUGCUUCUCAAAGAAAACUUAUAAAACAGGUUUUGAAUGUGGUUAACAACAUUUUUCAUGGACAGCUAUUAAGUCAG